AUCAAACCGAUAAAUGGCAGCCAGUUAGCGCGCGUUGUAGAGUCAGGUAAAGCUGCUCGUAGUUCUUUAAUUGAGACGUGUAGUUUCGCCGGUCAGCACUGAGUGCUGCUGGGCGGUGCAGCCACACAUCGCCUGUUACAAAACGCAGCCGGUUGUUGCAUAACACAACAACACAAGUGAUGUUAAGCUCACAGUCGCCGUAUCCUGUUCUUUAUUAGGGUCUUUUAGAAAUGAGACACCAGCGAAGUCCAGUCUGAAGCAAAGACACUACUUGGAGCUGUCUCGGCAGGAACUGGUUUGUGAUUCAUUGAGCUGACCUGCCGCUAGCUGCUCAGGUGACUCAUGGCUAAUCGGCUCCUCAAAGUCUCCUCUCUAGCCACAGCAGUAUUUGCCUCAUCUGGAUUUUACCUUUAUAGCAGUCACCUGGACCUCAGUGACUUAAGUGUGAUCCGCUUUGGACGAGCUGUAGCGACUACAGCAGUCAUCAGCUAUGACUAUCUCACAGCUUUCAGACACGUGGAAAAUGGCACAGACGAAUACUGGGACCUCAAGUCAAAGGUGCACAGGCGAUCGGCAGAGCGUCUUCGAGACUUGUGCUGUGCCAACCGGGGCACUUUCAUCAAAGUGGGCCAGCACCUUGGUGCUCUGGACUACCUGUUGCCCGAGGAGUACACAUCUACGCUAAAGGUGCUCCACAGCCGAGCUCCUGAGAGCAGCAUGGAGGAGAUCCAGCAGGUUAUCAGAGAAGACCUUGGGAAGGAAUUGUCAGACUUAUUUCUGUCCUUUGAAGAGAAGCCUCAGGGUGCAGCUUCCUUAGCACAGGUCCACAAGGCAGUGCUACAUGAUGGAAAGACAGUGGCGGUCAAGAUCCAACACCCCAAAGUCCAGAAACAAAGCGCCAACGACAUCCUAGUAAUGGAAGUGUUGUUGAAGGCGGUUCAUUGGCUCUUCCCGGACUUUGCCUUAAUGUGGUUGGUGGAGGAGGCCAAGAAAAACAUGCCUCUGGAGCUGGACUUCCUUAACGAGGGACGCAAUGCUGAGAAGGUGGCCGACAUGUUGGCCCACUUUCGCUUUCUUAAGAUUCCCAUGAUCCACUGGAAUCUCUCCACCAAGAGAAUCCUGACCAUGGAGUUUGCAGACGGGGGCCAAGUCAAUGACAGGGAUUACAUGCAGGCACAUGGCAUCAAUGUCAACGAGAUCUCAGAAAACCUGGGCAAGAUGUACAGUGAAAUGAUCUUUGUCCACGGCUUUGUUCACUGUGACCCCCACCCAGGCAAUGUGCUGGUCCGAAAAUGUCCGCAGACCAAAAAGAACGAGAUUGUUCUGCUUGAUCACGGCCUGUAUCAGGUUCUGCAACCAGACUUCAGGUUGAACUACUGUCAGCUGUGGCAGGCUUUGAUUAAGGGCGACAUGUCAGGGGUGGAGCGUUACAGCCGCAGACUGGGUGCUGGGGAUCUGUACCCUCUCUUUGCCUGUGUCCUGACUGCUCGGUCCUGGAAGGCGGUGAAUGCCGGUAUUAGUUCUGUACCUGUCACCCGUUCCGAGGACAUUGAGAUAAGGACCAAUGCAGGCCUGUACCUGCCCCAGAUCAGCGACUUGUUGAACAGAGUUCCCCGGCAGAUGCUGUUGCUGCUGAAGACCAAUGACCUACUGCGAGGCAUUGAGACCACGCUACAGACCAGGGCCUCAUCCUCAUCUUUCAUCAACAUGUCCCGCUGCUGCAUACGAGCCAUAGCCAGGCACAAGAGGACUAAAGCUCAGAGCAGGAGAAGGCGUGUGCAGAUCACGCUGGCCGAGUCUCUCAGCCUGUGGAAACUCUACAUGUAUGAACUGUUUCUGUGGCUGAAAGGAUCCAUGACUAUUCUGAUGUCAUUACUACACUGAGACAUAUUUGGAUGUCAACCUUUUUUUUAAAUUCAUCUUUUACCUCAAGUGUCCACUCAUUAGUGUUCAGAUAAUGAUUGUUACAUCGUCAUCUGUAAUUUACUCAGUAUGCUGUACGUUGCAUUUUCAGCAGGUCACUAUUGUUGGGAAUUUUAUGACAUGAAAUUUAAAAAAAAUCUCCUGUAGGUUCUGUAGUGCAGAGAUGGACCCUAAAACAUGAGCUCGGUAGGGACUAACACAUACAAAAUACAAACGGAUUAGUUAUUAGUUAGUAUUAAUUAGUUGUUAAAGGUGCAUUAUCUAAAAUUGAUGGUCAAUAGAGCUGGAAAAAUAGUAACUCUUACCAACAUCUUAUAAAACUCACCUGCAGAUAUCUACUGAGCAGCUAGCCUAAAUGCAUGUUUGGCCAACAGCAAAUUUGUGUGCAUUGUUGUCAUCUUUUUACAUGGUGGCACAUACCAAACAUGACAUCAUCAUGAGGGUGGGUGUGGCUUAGGAGGUAGAGCGGGUUUGUUUGUCAGUGGGAAGGCUAGGGCUGUUCGAUAUAACGAUAUAUAUCGGAUGACGAUAUAAAAACGUCUAUCGUUUCAUUUUACGCUAUCGUUUGUUUCGUGGUGUUGCAAAAUAAACUGUUUACGACAAUAUUUU